AUGCCGAGGGGCUUCCUGGUGAAGCGAACCAAGCGCUCGGGCAGUUCCUACCGCUCGCGCCCAGCCGAACCGCUUUUUCCCCCGCCGGGUCCCCGCGCUGCACCGCCCUCCCCCGAGGAGCCCAGCCGGGGGCUGUCGGGGUCCCCUUGCUUCGAGCCUGCGUUGGACGGCGCCGAGUGGGGCGCGGGUGGCGGAGACGGCCCGGGACCCAGCCCCGCGAGGCCGGCGGGCCCUGAGCUGCGCCGCGCGUUCCUGGAGCGUUGCCUGCGCUCACCAGUCUCGGCCGAGUCCUUCCCCAGCGCCACAGCCUUCUGCUCCGCGGCGUCCGCGGCCGCGACCUCGGGGGAGCAGUUGGUGCCAUCUCGGGUCGCCGUCCCCAGCUCUGUCCCCGCACCGGCGCCGGUCCCUGCCCCGCACAGCCUCCAGCGCCGGGGCAAGGGCGCCCUGGGCUGCGCAUCAGCACCCGCGGCCGUCAGGAAGCCUAAGGCGGUGAGGAGGCUGAGCUUUGCAGACGAGGUGACCACGUCCCCGGUACUCGGUCUAAAGAUCAAGGAGGAGGAGCCCGGGGCGCCGGCGCGGGCUUUGGGCGGCGUCCGCACGCCGCUGGGGGAGUUCAUCUGCCAACUGUGCAAGCAGCAGUACGCGGACCCCUUCGCGCUGGCUCAGCACCGCUGCUCCCGCAUCGUGCGCGUCGAGUACCGCUGUCCCGAGUGCGACAAGGUCUUCAGCUGCCCCGCGAACCUCGCCUCGCACCGCCGCUGGCACAAGCCACGUCCCGCGCCGUCCUGCGCCGCGAGUAAACCUCCCUCCGCGUCGUUGACCCCUCCGGACCCUUCCCUGGCGGCGGGCAAGGAGAACGGCCGCAUGCCGCGGCCCGACGAUCAGCACCCGCAGGUCCGGGACAGCUCCGGGGACGGUCAGCACCGGGACAGCGCCGCGCGCCCAGGCCUGCAGGCGUUGGUGCACCCGGAGGCAGCACGACCGCAGGCUCCCUACCCCGAGUUGAUGCUAGGGCGCCGCGGUCUCGGGCCAGGCGGUGCCAGCCCGGGGGCGACAUCCGAGGUCUUCGUGUGCCCGUAUUGCCACAAAAAGUUCCGUCGCCAAGCAUAUCUGCGCAAGCACCUGGGCACCCACGAGGCGGGCCUGGCGCGAGCACCAGCCCCGGGUUUCGGCUCGGAGCGCACAGCCCCACUUGCAUUUGCGUGCCCACUUUGCGGGGCGCACUUCCCGUCCGCGGAUAUCCGAGAGAAGCACCGGCUAUGGCAUGCUGUCCGCGAGGAGCUGCUACUGCCCGCCUUGGUCGGGGCUCCUUCGGAAGCGGGCCCUGGAGGGGGAUCCGACGGUAGCACUCAGCAGAUUUUCUCAUGCAAGUACUGCCCUUCCACUUUUUUUAGCUCCCCGGGCUUGACCCGGCACAUCAAUAAGUGUCACCCCUCAGAAAGCCGGCAAGUGCUGCUGCUGCAGAUGCCACUGAGGCCUGGCUGUUGA